AGUGCAGGAGUGGGUGUGCGCCAAGACCCUGUCACGUGACCCACUGUCUACAUGCGUCUAUAAAUUCACCUCCAUGUCGUAGGCUUGUCCUUUCCUAACGAAGGUGCUGUGUCUAAUCUACAGAGGAUCUGCAACUUCUACCAGCAAUAUGUCAAAAGACCAGGCUUUUGUGACAUUGGCCACCAAUGACAACUAUGCCAGGGGAGCCAUGGUCCUGGGCAAGUCCCUGAGGAACCACCAGACAACCAGGAGGCUGGUGGUGAUGAUCGGCCCCCACGUCUCUGAUCCCUGCAAGGGAGUGCUUCUCAAGAUCUUCGACGAGGUACUGUUGGUGGAUGUGUUGGACAGCGGAGACUCAGCUAACCUGGACCUGAUGAAGAGACCUGACCUGGGAGUCACCUUCACCAAGCUACACUGCUGGACCCUUACACAAUACUCCAAAUGUGUCUUCAUGGAUGCAGACACACUGGUGGUACAGAACAUAGAUGAGUUGUUUGACAGAGAGGAGCUGUCUGCGGCCCCGGAUCCCGGCUGGCCAGACUGUUUCAACUCCGGCGUGUUCGUGUUCCGACCCUCCAACGAGACGUACAGCAAACUGCUCCAGUACUGCGCAGAACAUGGCAGCUUCGAUGGUGGAGACCAGGGGGUCUUGAAUGGCUUCUUCAGUAACUGGGCAACAGCAGAUAUCUCAAAACACCUCCCCUUCAUCUACAACCUCAGCAGCAUAGCAAUCUACACUUACCUUCCAGCAUUCAAACAAUACGGUGCCAACGCCAAGGUGGUCCACUUCCUGGGUCAGACCAAGCCAUGGAGCUACACGUAUGACCCCAAGACCAAGAGGGUCAGCGGGGAGGAGACUUCCACACACCCCAGCUUCCUCCUGGACUGGUGGUUCCUCUACUCUUCUUCUGUGGUGCCCAUGAUGGUGGAGGGAUACGGAGACCAGCCCUUCCACUCUGGCUGUGUGGAAGUCAGUCUAGAAGGAAGCAGCACGCGUUUCCUCCCUCAGUGUAGCAGCACGUCCCAGGAGCCCCAUCACACCGAGCCAUACGUGCCACCCGAGACCUCUGAGGAACGCAAGCAGAAAUGGGAGCAGGGCCAGGCGGACUACAUGGGAAUGGAUUCGUUUGACAAUAUCCAGAAAAAGCUUGAUGCUUUUCUCAAAUAAACGUCGACAAGGGAUCACUUAGUUUGACAGAUUGAUUUAGUAAACCCCCCCCCCCAACUCUCGAUCUCACCAAUAGUUGGUUCUCUAGUGAACCACUACCCACACCAGCUCUAAGGAUUACAGCACGUUGUUUAACAAUGUGAAACAUUCUGACAUCGUUGGCAGAGCGCAUACACUAUGCAAUACUUAGUAUGUUUAGGCUGUCACAUACUGUAAAGAUGCCCACACUGUGAAGCACCAUUUUUUUGAUGUGCAUGAUUUAAAAAAUGUUUUGAAAUUGCUGUAUUUGUGAAGAGAAUAAAAUAUGGCCUUGUCAGAUA